AGCGAGGCUAUGAUCCCUACAACCCUGAGCUGCCCAGGCCCUCCCUGGAGGUGGAGGAUGGCUUUCUGGCUGACAUCACAGAUGUCACCCCUGGAAUUCUGGAGCUGGAGCUGGUCAACAAGGCCAUUGAGGCAGUGAAGAACGAAGUGGAGAGGGAGCAGAAGAAGUACGAGGAGCUGCUGGAAACCACGAAGGAGUUUGGUGCUUCAGAGGGCUCCUCCCUCAUUUCAAACACACCUGUGCCAGCUGCUGGGCCUCAGAGUGAUUCCUUUGCCUCCUUGGAGUACAAUCCAGGGAGCUACAACUUCAAUAACAACUCAGACUACAACCCCACUCCUCUGGCUGCUGCUGCCCGCUCCAGUAAAUACACUUUGGAUUCCUCCCGCGCCAAGGGCAGCUCGCUGGAGUACGUCCCCAAGGCUGUGGUGCAGAAUAAAAAAUACAGCAGCACUGUCACCAACAACAAAUAUGUGAUUGAUGACUCCAAGCCUUCCACAGACUUGGAAUAUGACCCCCUUUCCAAUUACUCUGCCAGGCUGUUGGGCAAAGGCACAACCAAGGGGUCCAAAAGGGACAGAGCCUCUGAUUAUGAGGAUUCCUACUCUCCAUCAAGGAAGAAGCUCUGUGAAGAUCCUGAUGAUGAUGAGGUGUUGGCCAGGUUCUCCUCCUCUGAAGAUGAGGCUGAGGUGGAAUAUAAAACAGCUUCUGGUAGUUCACCCUCCAAAGCUGGUUCAGAGAGUGAGUCAAAUGAGUCCUCCAGCAAAGAGCAGAGCACAAAAUUGGAAGGCUCUGCUUCCCAGGGGAGCAAAGAAGCAGCACAGCACAAGGAGAACCUUCCAAAUUCACAGAAAAACCUUGCCAAGAACUCAUCAGACAAGAACUCAAAGGCAGCAAAGUUGUGUUCUGGUAAGAACAACAAGGAAAUUGAAAAUAAAAACAAAGACUCCAAAGACAAAACAAAAAAGAAGAAAAUUGAUGUUAGUAAAGCAACAGGCCUCAGUGAGGCUGGGAAGAAGGAGAAAAAUAAAAAUGCAGACAAAGACAAAGUGCUCAAGAAAGAAGAAAAAUUAAAAACUAAGAAUGAAGAGAAAAACUGCAAAGACAGAAGCGUCAAAGUGAAAACAGAUGGGAACUUGAAAAAACCUGAAAAACACAAGUCAGAAAAGGUGGAUGGGUGUAAGAAAGAAAAAUCCAAGUCCAGCAGCAGCAGUUCAGGGAAAAGCAAGAGCGAGGGUGUCACCAAGGGCACAGAGAAAGUGGGGAGCAGCAAGAAGGAUCCUCAGAGCAAAACUGCUGAUGUGAAAAAUGGCAAGGAAAGCUCUGGUCGAAAAAACAAGGAGAAAGGGACCAAGAGCUCCCUGGAGAGAAAGAAGGACAAGGUCACUUGUGCAGGACAAGGAGACCCCAAGAAGGGUCAGAAGCAGCAGAGUUUGAGUCACGUGGACCUGUUUGGGGAUGAGAGUGGAGAUGAGGAUGACAGAGGGCGGCCUUUGUCCUCCUCACUGCUUGAUGUGAGCUCAGACUUGGAUGGGGCUGACUCUGGCUCAGCCUCUGACAGUGACAGGGACAGGACAAAGAAAGCAAAGCGCUCCAAGCUGUCCAAGUCGUCAUCAUCCUCCUCUACAUCUGAUGACAUUGAUUAUUCCAUCCUUGAGAAAGAUGUGGACUUUGAGUCAGAUCCCAUGGAGGAGUGUCUCAGGAUCUUUAAUGAAUCUAAAGAUGUAAAAACUGAAGACAAGGGAAGGCUGGGCAAGCAGCCAUCCAAAGAGGAAGCAAAUGAAGAAAAGACAGAAGAUAAUUUAACUACCUUGUUUCCUGGCCAAAAAAGAAGGAUCUCUCAUCUUGUCAAACAAGGAAAUGCAGAGACCCCGAGCAGGCCGGUGGUGCGGCCCUACCGUCCCCCCACGGCCCAGGAGGUGUGUUACCAGAGGAUCCAGCUGGCUCAGCAGCAGGCAGCACAGCUGGUUGGGGCUGCUCAAAAGACCUCUCUCUGUUUGCCAGGAGAAAAGAGGAGGAUUGCUCACGUGCCAAAUGCAGCCCUCACCGCAGCGGCCAAGCAAAGCCUUGGGAGCAGCAAGGCAGCUGUUGGUGGCAGGAGUGUCACACCUUCCAAUGACUCUGAAGCCUCCACCCUUCCUCUGAAGCCUUGCACUUUGGCUGGGAUGGCUUCCAAGACCACCAGCACCAUCGUGCCCAAAAGGGUAGCACAUGUUCCCUCCUUACAGGAGCUGCCCUGUACCGGCGCCUCAAGGAGUACCUGAUGACUGAGGAGCAGCUCAAGGAGAAUGGGUACCCAAUGCCUCACCCUGAGAAGGCUGGACGGGCUGUGCUCUACACUGCAGAGGAGAAGAAAGUCACUGACUUGCCAGGUGGGUGGGAAACUCACUACAGCUGCUGCUCUGGAGCUGUGGGGUCACCAGGCUGCCAGGUUGCUAAACAACACGUGCACGAUGGGCGCAAGGAGAGCCUGGAUGGUUUUGUCAAGACUUUUGAGAAGCUGCCCACAACUGAUGGCUACCCUGGGAUCUAUGCCUUAGACUGUGAAAUGUGCUACACUAAGCAAGGACUGGAGCUGACAAGAGUGACUGUGAUCAACUCAGAGCUGAAGGUGGUGUAUGACACCUUUGUCAAGCCAGACUCCAAGGUGGUGGAUUACAACACCAGGUUCUCAGGUGUGACAGAAGAGGACCUGGAGAACACGAGCAUCACCCUGCGGGAUGUCCAAGCCGUCCUCCUGAACAUGUUCAGUGCAGACACCAUUCUGAUAGGGCACAGCUUGGAAAGCGACUUAUUUGCACUAAAGCUGAUCCAUGGCACUGUGGUGGACACAGCCAUCGUGUUCCCCCACCGCCUGGGGCUGCCCUACAAGCGGGCGCUGCGCACGCUGAUGGCCGACUACCUCAAACGCAUCAUCCAGGACAAUGUGGAAGGACACGACUCCAGUGAGGAUGCCAGAGCCUGCAUGGAGCUGAUGGUGUGGAAGAUCAAAGAGGAUGCCAAGGUGAAGCGAUGACCUCGUGUGGUGUCUCUGCCGUUCUCCUGCGCCUCUGGGAAGAAGCAGUGCAAUAAAUGCCCACAGCCACUCUGUCCCCCGUGCCAGCAGCAUGUUCCUGCUCCCCACCACCCCUGCAGGACUCCUGCACUCACACCUGCAGCCCCCUGCCCAGCUGGUGGCUCUCAGAUCCUCAGGCUCCACCUGAGGGAUUCUCUGUGGUCCAAGCUCUGCCUGUUGGGCCUGGCAAGGUGGUUUGGAGUAGCACAACCAGAACUUGUUGGUUCCUAGGAGAAGCUUGUUAGAGGUAGGUUGGAGAUGUGCAGAAGGAUCUUUCUGGUUCAGUUAAAGGUAGAUUGUUUACUUUUUUUUUUCUCCCAAAUAUAACUUAAAUUGCCUCUGUACUCCAAAGCAAUGUUUGGAGAGGGGGGAGAUGGAAGGAGGUUGGGCAGGAAGCUGUGAAGGGAUUGUGGAGCUGGUGUGGGAAGCAAGAGCUGAGGAUCAAGCACUUGGGAAGGGAUCCUGGUGCAGUCCCACAGUGGAGCUGCAGGAGAGGGGACAGGGAUGUCCCUGCUCCAGGGCUGGGGUCAGGACAGGGAUGUCCCUGCUCCAGCCCCUCUCUGGCCCUGGUGGACUCUCCCAUCCCACUGCUGCCCUCGGAGGCAGGGAGGUGAUUCCUCUGCCAGGCUCUGCAGGAGAUCCAGGAGCAGUGGGGCUCUACAGACUCCCGGUGCUGCUGAGCCCAUCCUUGUUCCCUCUGGCAGCCAAUUCCUCACCCCAGGUUUUGGGGGUGCAGCUCCCCCAGUGCUCCACAUCCAGCUCUGCUCCUUCCCUGCCUUGGGAGCCCUUGGGCUGUCGCUGUGUCCCAGUGCCUGCAGGGACAGUGCUGCCCCUGCCCAGGCUGUGGGACGGACAGUUCAGUGCCUCCCAGCUGGGGAGGGAAGGUUUGUUCUGUUUCUCCCUCUUUGCCACGUUUAUCCCCAGUUUAUCUUCACCCCUGGCUGCAGGGAUGGAAUGUCCCUGGAGCAGAGCUGGCUCUUGCCUCUUGCCUGUUCCUCACAGGCAGCUCCUGCUCCUUCCCAGCCUCCCACAGCCGUGGGCACACUGUGCUGUGUCCUGCUCUGCAGCUUUGGCUCCAUCCUCCAGCCUUUCCCCAUGGUCAGCCUAAACUGAGGCUGUUGGGGUGGGGGUGAGGGGGUGUCUGUGUCAAGGGAUGUCCCUGGGAGGGUGGAACCACAUCCAGCCCCACCAUGGAUGAGCUCAGAGCCAGUCCUGGCCCAGGGCUGCCAUCACCUCCCCAGGCACCAGAGGUUUGGUUGGGUUGUACAGAACGAUUGUAACCUGUAACUUUUUGUAAUUGUUUUUAAUAAAAGAGUGUUGACUAGAUGCACA